UUGCAGCCCGGAGCUGUGGAGCGUGGCGUGACGUACCAGUCGAUCAUCGCUGAGGCCAAGGCCAAGAUCAAAUUAUCAGAUCUUGGCCUUCAGUCCGUCACCCUCAGGCAGGCUGCCACGGAUGCGCGGCUGUUCGAGGUGGCUGGCACUGUGAGCGACAGUGCCGAAAAGGCGGACGCAUUGGCCGCCAAGAUGAGAGAGAUCCUCAACCCUAAGGACCUCUCUCAUCUUGGUGACCAAUGA